GAUUACCUGAUUUAAAAAUCAUACAGUAUAUCAUGCCCUAGCGGUUGUGCACAACUGGAGCUGGUUUUAAACAAAAUACUUCCGGAUGUGCUUUCGACAUGUGAACUAUCGACAAUGAGCCGUAUAAAUAAAAUCGUCGGAUUAGUCGUUACCUUUAUUGGUUUCGAAAAAGCUUUAGGAUGCAACGAUACCGUUCUGGAGUUAAGUGCUUUGCCAUCCCGAAUGUCCAACUACUCGGAACAAGUUCCAGACAAUCUGAUUAGUGACAAGGAGCUGGUUUCCGCAUGGUACAGGUCAACACUUGACGGUCGUUUGUUUCUGCUGUCCGAUUCAAACAACCUAACUUAUGCAAACUGUGGAACGUUUUAUCCAAUUUACUCACAAGACUUGCAUCCAUUCAUGUCAACUCUCACCAGCGAUAUUUCUGUAAUCAAGGCUUGUCAGUAUGACCCUGUAAAUCCAUGCAAACUUGAAUACAACAUCCCAGUGAGGCGAUGCGGAUACGAAAUACAAUAUUAUCUGGACCCUACCAUCGCGUAUGCUGCCUACUGUUUCGAUAUUCAGUGUGUACAAGGCUUGUACGGUGAAAAUUGUAAGCAUGAAUGUCAAUGUGCCGAGGAGAACACAGCUUAUUGUUACCCUGACAACGGUGCUUGCAAAUGUAAACCGGGUUGGUCUGGAAAUACGUGUAAUGAGGAUGUAGACGAAUGCGCAUUCAGUGACCAUCACUCCUGUCCAGAGAACAGUAAAUGUAUCAGCACCAUUGACUCCUACAAGUGUGUGUGCUUAUCGGGUUACAAAUCCUCACCGGACGGAGUGCAUUGUGAAGAAGUGUUUGUUCAGAGUGGCUGCAAUGGCGAGGCACUGGUAAUGAGUAACCUUUCAACAAGGCUAAUCAGCAACUUCGAGGAUAACCCAGACAACUUGCUUAGUGACUCUACGUUAAAGUCAGGAUGGUAUAGACCGAUAUACAAUGGUCGGUCGUUUCUCCUUACGGGCCCAAGCCACAAUGUCACUAAGGGAAACUGUGGAACUUUCAACCCUAUUGUCCUGCAAGAUCCACAUCCGCCAAUGUCGUCUUUAACGAGUGAAUUGACAGUUAUGAAAGGUUGUUCUUUAGACACAGACGGAACAUGCAACCAUUUGCAUGACAUUAUAGUUAGAAGGUGUGGACAUGAACUGCGAUAUUACCUUGAGGCUACAAUUCCAUCUGCAGCGUAUUGCUAUGACAUACAGUGUUUGCAAGGCCUAUACGGGGAGAAUUGUGGGCAGGAAUGCAAAUGUGUUGAAAAGAACACCGUUUUUUGCUACCCAGACAACGGUGACUGUGAAUGUAAACCGGGUUGGUUCGGAAGUACGUGUAAUAGAACUGUCUCAAUGAACGAAUGCGCAUCCAGUGACCUUCACUGUCCAGAGAACAGUGAAUGUAUCGCAAUAAAGGGUUCCUAUCAUUGCAAAUGCAUGCUAGGUUUUAAACUGUCACCCGAUGAAUUAAAAUGUAUAAAAGGAUGUGACCACCUGUUUUACGGUCCUGAAUGUGUUCUUGAAUGCCCAUGUAACAUUGAUAACGUCGUUGAAGUAGGCGAGCCAUGCAGUCCUGACACCGGGAAAUGCUUUUGCAAAGAGGGAUGGACCGGGUUUACAUGCGAUGUUGAUAUCGAUGAAUGUGAAGAUGGAAGCAUUUGCAAAGAAUUAAACACACAUUGCGAUAAUUUACCAGGCAGCUACAGAUGCGACUGCAGUGAUGGCUAUAUCCGUACUGACAAAGGUGACUGCGUCAAAGAUUCUGACAGCGCGAAGAUCGACCCCUUAGCAGUCAUAGCCAUUGUCUUCUGUAGUAUUGUUCUUUUUGCUGUCCUUCUUGUGGUGAAAUACUGGCACGGACACAGAAAAGGUAAUGCCGUAGGCUCAGAGCAAGAUUUGGGGGACGUUAUUCGUGUAAAAAAUACCCAUGUGCAGUACAUGACCCACACAAGUACCGAAAAUGUGUAUGACCAGAUUGCAGAAAUGAAGAGACAACCUUCAACUACAAGCGACUAUCUACAUCCAAUUGUUGACGACAAAAUUCUUUACUUUUCCUUGAAACGUGACGAACUACCAAAAGGAGAUUAUGCGUAUUUAAGCCCGGAUCAUUAGCUAAAUCAUUACAAAAAUAUCUGAACUGACUGAAUGCUAACAGUCACUUAAACAAACUAUCACAUAAAUACUAGACUGUUAUGCAUUUCCGUGUACUCUAAAUCCAGUAGCAUAUCAAACUACAGCGCAAUAAUCUCCCAUGUCAUUACAUUCGGCAACGAAUGGCUAUUUUUGACAAUUUUUUUACGCAAUAGUCUCCCUUAAAAAGUAUCAGAUAUAUAUUCCUAUUCAGAACGAAGAAGGGCAUGGAGUUUGGCAAAAGGCACAAAUAACCAGUUACUAUCAGACAUUGAAGUCAAAACCAAUUAACUUUUUGUGACUGUGUUAUCGCUUUACAAAAAACAGAAAGUGCAAAAUCAAAUAUAUUGGCCACUGUUAUGUUUGCGAAAUAAAAUAAGACUUAACCGGUGUAUACUAGAAUUAACGUUAAUGUGCGAUGCCGAUAAUAUGUUUUAGGAAUAGUAUCUGAAGGUGUACAGAAAGAGUAAUCAAAUCGCUUAAAGCGUUGACAGGCUUUUGGCCUGCUACGUUUUGGGAUUACGGUCACGUUAUUGUAAAACAUAUUACAUAUACAUAUAAACAUCUAUAGAAAGUGUAUUCAUGCUCAUGAAUCCCUUCGCGAAUUAUUUUAGAAUUUAAUGCUAAAACUCAGUUAAAUCAAAACCAUGAAGUCACUUUAGAUACUCAUUUAAACACGUAUGGAAUAAUACGCAAUUGCACCGUUCCAAGCGGUACCUUAAAGACCAUGCAACUAUUUUUUAUAUAGUAUAACGGUGUUGUUUGUGGAGUUACGCGCUGUUGUUCCAUGUUUCUAGUAUGUGAUUGUUUUGUUUUUGUGUUCUAUGUCUUUGGCGUUACCCUGUGCCAUUAAACAGGGGUUAUGUUUAAAUUUUUGGCUAUUUAGCUUUUUUUGUUGUUUUGUUCAUGUCAUGAUUUUGCCCUGUUAUAUGAACAAUAAAAGAUUGCACAUUUUCGA